AGAGAACAUUGACAGCUCGGAGACAUACCCACCACACUACCCAGUUCAUCAUGAAGUUGUGUGCUGCACUGCUGCUGACUGCCGCUGUCCUCCCUCUGGCGACAUCAUGGCUCUAUCAUGACGAUGUUGACUGUCUGCUGACCGACUGGCGCCCGUGGAUUUCGAUCCCGGGAGGGUUUGUCCGUUCCCGGGCCGUUCUUCGCUAUCCACAAGGCGGCGGGCUGCCAUGUGGUGACCUGGAGGAGUUCAAUUUGACAGGUGCAAUGCCCACGACACAAGACACCGCUGCAAACCUGGACCAAUUUUUCCUGGGGAACAUUCUAGCUGCAAGGGGAACGGCGCGAACCGCAGUGAACAAACGGGACCUGGUACUGCUCCUAGACAUGUCUGGCAGCAUAGGUUCUACUGAUUUCACCAGCCUGAAGACAUACGUGGCAGAGCUCCUGUCGUACAUCUGCCCGGAGAACGAGAUGGGAACGUUCCACCGGGUCGCUGUGGUCACCUUCAGCAGCAGCGUGGUUCUGAACUUCAACUUCCACGAGGCCACCAGCCUCGGGCAGAUCCAGGCGAGCAUACACAGCCUGCCGUACGAAGGUGGUAGCACGCGCACGGCUGACGCCAUCAAUUUUGUGCGCACGCAGGUGUUUCAAACCGGAAACUACCGAGAUGAGCCGGAUGUGGACCUUGAGGUGUUGCUGAUUACUGACGGACAUCCAAACGGCGCAGGGAAUUCACCUCAAGACGUAGAGCUGGCCGCAGAGGCACUCGGGGAGCGAGCGAAUAUCUUUGCCUUGGGUUAUGGAUCAGCCUACAGCAGUGCCUCUGAUUUUGACCACCUGAAGAACCUGGUCACCGCACCGUGGUACAAACACAUCUUCAAUCUGGAGCAUGUGAGCGACUUCGAAACCAUGCUGGACACCCUGGCCAAUCGUCCUUCACACAUGGUGUGUGUCAACUUUCAGCAAGGCUAGCCAAAGCUCAGUUCCUGCUAUCGAUAAAACUCCCAUCGCUUUAUGAAAUAAAGGGCAGCAACCUUGUUU